GAACCAAGCUUUGGCGGGACAUCACGCGUAUGUCGUACUGUACAAGAUGACCCCUCAACGCCUUUGCUCGCGGCCAGCAUCUUGGCUACAUCUGCGAAUAUGGAUACAUUUGUCAAGACGAAGGAGUCGUUCAACGUCUGGGCUGACACUGCCUGGAACUCGUACAACCUUCCAUCGUUGGCGAAGCAGCUCCGCAGCGGGAAUAUGGCGCCUCUUCCGGCUUCAGUCUUCGCUGCUAUCGCGGUCUUGACUUUAUUAGUGUUGGUAUAUGCGAAGAAAACGCUCCAACGCCAGAGACGACCGACAUGGCUCAGGUCGCGAUCUCCAGAUCCCGAGAAGCCUACUGCCAGUGUUCAACGACCUGGCAAGGGACCAAACGCAGCGGAUCGCGAACCUGGCAGUGAGCAGCGUCCCAUAUUUUGCCGGAAAUGUCUUGACACUGACUCCGACUCAAGCAUGGCAGCCAGUCGACUUCAAACGGCCAGAUCCGGUGCCAUAUCCCGACUGGUCUGUAACCGAGACACCGCCACUGCCAUAUCGUCCCUUCCGCCACGGCCCUGUCUACAACAUCACGAUGGGGCUUCGCAACAUGCAGUGGGAUGAGUGGAUCGAGCUCGACAACCACUACCUCCGCUACCACACCGACAAAGCCCGUCGCAUCGCCGAACGAGGACCAAAGUGCUCCAUGAUCGAUACAUCAGACCCUCGCUACCUUGAUGGCGCCCUCGAACUUCUCGAAGAACUCACCUCCUACCUUCCUCAACGCUACCCAACCCUCUUCCAUCGCACGACUCAUGGUCUCAUCAACAUCCUCACCAAAGAGACCUUCGACAUCCGCCCGAACCAUCUCUCCGUCAACUCCGGUCCUCGCGAAAACCCCAUGCAACUCUGCGCACGCCUCAUCCAAGACGAUCUCGCCAUCAUGUUCGAGAAAUCCGACGGAAAAUACUACCUUCUUGCAGCCUCCAUCCUCUUAGCCGGCUUCUGGCGCCUAACAGACAAAUUCGGCAUGUCAUUAGAAGAAAUCCAUCUCUCCGGCGACGUCCCCGGCUACGAAACAAAACUCCACAAAGGAAUGGCCAACUUCUUCCGCCGCCUCUCGCCUGAGAAACCUGUCCUCCGAAACAACUACUUCAUCCAAGUAGACGAUGAUCUUGCAUGGAGUCACAGUAUUGGACCCGAAGAUUCGGAAUCACCGAGCUGGAAUACUGCGCAGAAAGAUAAAGCGAUUGAGAACCAUUUUUUCCGAUCUGAGAGGCAGAGUUUGAGGAGGUUGCCGAGGAGCGGUGGGGUGGUGUUUACGAUCCGGACUUAUUUCGAGCCGGUGAAGAAGAUUGUGGAAGAGUCUGGUGUGCCCGGGAGGUUGGCGAGUGCAGUGAGAAGUUGGGGAGAGGAUGUAGGGAGGUAUAAGGGAAAAGAGAGGUAUGGGGAUGUUUUGUUGGAGUUUCUGGAUCGGGAGCAUGAGAAGCAGGUUGCCGAAGGGUUGGUAGGAGAGGAUGGUGAAGUUGUGGGGAGGGAGGAGGAGAGGAGGUAUCCGUGGUAGUGUGGUUGUUUCCGGGUGUUACAUGACUGAAAGAUCUAGUCUGCAAUGCGAGGACAGCUGACGAUUAAGAGGAUUUGUUGUCCGCACCGCUCUGCGUACGGGGAAUGUGAAUCUUCUUUCUUGGAUAUUGCUUGGGUCUGGGAACCUCAAUCGCUCACCGCUAUCUUUCUGACACGCUGUCCACACUCAAAGGUUCUUCACCCAAUAGCCCCGUCUCAGACGUUACUCCUCUCCCGGCGCACCCCUCGACCUCGCCACCAGACUCGCAAUCACCGAAUCCGGAAGCAAAUUAAACACCGAAUGAAAAGCCUUAUUAUUCCACCCUACAAUCCUCGCCGCAGCAUUAUCCUCCAAAUUAAACACCGAAUGAAAAGCCUUAUUAUUCCACCCUACAAUCCUCGCCGCAGCAUUAUCCUCCAAAGUA